AUGGAUAAGGUCAAGGAGAUUCUCAAGGUCGGCUCCAAGGCCAACGGCGUCAAGCCUACCGAGCCUACCGCUGAAGCCUAUGCCGACCUCAAAGCCAAGUACACCGAGGCCGGGCAGGAACACGUAUUCACAUUCUACGACUCCCUCAGCACCGAAGACAAGGCCGUUUUGUACGAGCAACUAUCUGGCUUCAACCCCACCUACAUCAACGAGAUCACCAAACGAGCCCUCUGCGAAACCAAGUCUGACUCCCCCGACACCCUCGAGCCCCUCCCCGAAUCCGCUCAGGCCAGUAUCCUAGAUUCGAGCGCAGAUGACAUCAACAAGUGGUAUAACACUGGUUUGGACCUCAUUGGCAAGAACAAGGUGGCCGUGGUAUUGAUGGCUGGUGGUCAGGGAACCCGAUUGGGCAGCUCAGCUCCCAAGGGCUGCUACGACAUUGGCCUACCCUCCCACAAGAGCUUGUUCCAGAUCCAGGCGGAGCGAAUUCGCAAGAUUCAGGAGCUUGCUGCCAAGACAGCAGGCACAGAGUCCGUCGUUGUUCCCUGGUACGUCAUGACCAGUGGCCCAACCCGCGAGCCCACUGAGAAGUUUUUCGAGGAGAACAAGUACUUUGGCUUGGAUGCUGCCAACAUCAAGAUUUUUGACCAAGGAGUCUUGCCCUGUAUCUCCAAUGAAGGCAAGAUUCUUCUUGAGAGUAAGGGCAAGGUUGCGGUUGCCCCUGAUGGCAACGGUGGUAUCUAUCAGGCUUUAAUUGUGUCUGGUGUCCUUGAUGAUAUGCGCAAGCGUGGUAUUGAGCACAUCCACGCUUACUGCGUCGAUAACUGCCUCGUCAAGGUUGCUGAUCCCGUCUUCAUUGGCUUCUCCUCAUCCCUUGAUGUCGACAUCGCCACAAAGGUCGUCCGUAAGCGUGAUGCAACCGAGUCAGUCGGUCUUAUUCUUUCCAAGAACGGCAAGCCCGAUGUUGUCGAAUAUUCCGAAAUUGACAAGGCUACCGCCGAAGCUGAGGAUCCUAAGCACCCCGGUGUCCUUAAGUUCCGAGCUGCCAAUAUUGUCAACCACUACUACAGCUUCCGCUUCCUCGAAUCCAUUCCUCAGUGGGCUCACAAGCUGCCGCACCACGUCGCUCGAAAGAAGAUUCCUUACGCAGAUACCAAGUCUGGUGAGACAGUCAAACCCGAAUCACCCAAUGGCAUCAAGCUUGAACAGUUCGUCUUUGACGUCUUCCCUAUGCUGCCUUUGGACAAAUUUGCAUGCAUGGAAGUCCGCCGAGAGGAUGAAUUCUCACCAUUGAAGAAUGCCCGCGGCAAGGGACAGGACGACCCGGACACCAGCAAGCGCGACAUUAUGGCUCAAGGUCAGCGAUGGGCCGAGGCAGCGGGAGCUAUCAUCGUGGCCGAGAGCGGAGUCGAGAUUUCACCUUUGAUCAGCUAUGGCGGCGAAGGUCUUGGGAAGCUCAGCGGCAAGAGUAUUACUGCUCCUGCUGUGCUGGAACGGGAAUAA